GAGCUCGUCGUUCCCAACGUCCUACCAUCCCUUUCCGCAACCACCACCAUACACGAGCUGCCUUAAUCUUAACUUUACGAGAACACCAUGUCGAUGCUCACCACCGCCGUCCGCAACGUCGCCCGCACACGCGUCCCGCGCGCCGUGCCGUCGGUCGCGCUCUCCAUGCAGGCGCGCUCGAAGCACACACUCCCUGACCUCCCGUACGCUUAUGACGCGCUCGAGCCGCAUAUCUCGGGCCAGAUCAUGAAGCUGCACCACCAGAAACACCACCAGACCUACGUGAACGGUCUGAACACCGCCGAGGAGAGCUUCGCGAAGGCGAGCUCGCCGAAGGAGAAGAUUCUCCUGCAACCCGCGCUCAAGUUCAACGGGGGAGGGCACAUCAACCACUCGCUCUUCUGGAAGAAUCUUGCGCCACAGGGCCAGGGAGGCGGUGAACUCAAGGCGGGUCCUCUCAAGGACGCAAUUGCCGCUGACUUUGGUGGACUUGAUGGCCUGAAGAAGCAGCUCAACGCAGCGACUGCAGCCAUCCAGGGCUCUGGCUGGGGCUGGCUGGGCUACAGCCCAUCGACGAAGAAGCUCGAGAUCGUCACGACCGCGAACCAGGAUCCGCUGCUCUCGCACGUCCCGAUCCUCGGCAUUGACAUCUGGGAGCACGCGUUCUACCUGCAGUACUACAACGUGAAGCCGGAUUACCUCAACGCGAUCUGGAACGUCAUCAACUUCGGCGAGGCGGAGGCGCGCUAUGUCGAGGCUGCCAACUAAAAGCUGUCCCUAUUGACGAUGCUCGUAUUGCAUGUAAAGUAGAUUCCUACAUUCGCUCUGUCAAUUUGUGUGUGCGUGCUCGCAUGUGUUCCAGCCGCUGUAGCGCGUUAGAAAAUACGCUGCCUCCUGACACUCGUGGUUCAAACAUUGAGUUUACAUCUCUUUCCUCCGUAUGCGGACCUCAUACCAUCAAUCUCCUGGGCCGCAUACAGUAAAGACUAGUACUUGAGGUCAAAGUGCGGUCGCAACUUGGUCGCUCCAACGCGGGCGCUUGUGAC